AGGUAGCCUUUUGUCAAUUACACUGCGCAUGCGUAGCUUGUUAGCGGUCUGUCAGUGCCAUAGCAACCCGAGAAGGCAUGAACCAUCAACAUGGCCAAAGCAAUGACUGUGAAAGAAGCACUGGUCAAAUGGGAGGAGAAAUCAGGGGAGAAAGUGAGUGAGGCUAAAGAAAUAAAGCUGUAUGGCCAAAUUCCUCCUAUAGAGAAGAUGGAUGCUUCUCUCUCCACAAUCACCAACUGCGAAAAGCUGUCUCUGUCCACAAACUGCAUUGAAAAAAUAACCAAUCUCAGUGGCCUGAAGAACCUGAGAAUACUGUCAUUAGGAAGAAACAAUAUAAAGGCACUCACUGGGCUGGAAGCUGUAGGGGACACAUUAGAAGAAUUGUGGAUCUCCUAUAACUUGAUAGAAAAACUAAAGGGAAUCCAAUGCAUGAAGAAACUGAAAGUCCUCUACAUGUCCAACAACUUAGUCAAAGAAUGGGGGGAAUUUGAAAGGCUUGCUGACCUACCGUGCCUUGCAGAUCUGGUGUUUGUUGGAAAUCCUCUGCAGGAGAAGCAUUCAGCUGAGGGAAACUGGUUAGAUGAAGCCCAAAAAAGGCUUCCUUAUCUGGGGAAACUAGAUGGAACCCCACUCGUUAACAAAAAAGAGAGGAAGGAGACAGAGCGAGCUGAGGAGCAUGACUCUCUGGAAAGCAGCAACACCCUUCCCUAAGAAUCUUCCAUUGUUUAAGUUUUGUAUGGUUUGUCAUGGUGCUUUUCUUUAUAUAAAAUGAUUUUUUACAAACUGCA